CGCGGCUGCGGCCGCCGCUCCAAUGGCGGGCUGUGCUGCCGGGCACGGCCCCUCACAGUGACACGCCGCUCCGGCACGCCGCGCUGGCGCCGGGCCCGCACCGAGGGGUGCCGCGGAGGGCGGCGCUGUCCGCGGCCGAUCGGGCGGUGAGAUGGCGGCGGUGCUGCGGCGCGGAGCGGCCGGGCUCCUUAGCAGAUUGCAGACAUCUGCUCCCACAGUACAAACUCUGUCAUCAUCAUCAUCAAAGUCCUUCUCACAAAACAUUCCAAGCUGUUUGUGGAAACUGGGCCGACUCAAUCACGUAGCAAUUGCAGUGCCUGAUUUGGAGAAAGCUCAGUCCUUGUAUAAAGAUGUGUUAGGAGCCCAGGUGAGUGAGACUGUUGCUCUUCCUGAACAUGGUGUCUACACUGUUUUUGUGGAGCUGGGAAAUACCAAGCUGGAACUUCUACAUCCUUUAGGAGAGAAAAGUCCCAUUGCAAGCUUCCUGCAAAAAAACAAGACUGGAGGAAUGCAUCAUAUCUGCAUUGAGGUUGAUGACAUAAAAGCAGCUAUGACAGAACUGAAGAAAAAAAAAAUACGAAUAUUGAGUGAAGAGCCAAAAAUAGGUGCACAUGGCAAACCUGUGAUCUUUCUUCACCCUAAAGAUUGCCAUGGAGUCCUUGUGGAACUUGAGCAAGCUUGAGCUGCAAUAUUCAUAAAUUAAACAAUAGAAGAGUUGUGAAGUUCCUGAGCUGGUGCUGGGAAUAUUGAUGUGGUAUUCAGUCUUUCCAAGUUCAUUGAAGUUCCCAUGGAUGAAGUACAGCUUUUGAGUACUGAAACAGUGCUACAGACUCAGGGUCUGUCUUUGCUGUUGUUGAUUUAAUUUUCGGAAUUAAUGUGUUGGCAUUUCUUGGAUUCUCUGUGAUUCUAAACACAUAUACAUGAGCUAAGUUCCGUAUGUACCAUAGUAAUUUAUCUUUUGUUGCCUGUUUGCAGCAAGAUUUUACCUCUGUAGCCAGAGAGACUGUACAGUUUCUAGGUCAAGCUGCAUUAUUUUGCUCUACAUUUCAGAGCAGAGACCCACUUCCCAGUGACAACAACAUGGCUUAGACAUUUUCAUUAGAAAUAAAGGAGAACAAAUAUUGUGCUUUCCUCUUUUCACCAUUCACCAUCUGUGCUUCACACUGAUUGACUGGUUUGUGCAAUAAAAACCCCAUAUAUUAUUGUA